GGCACGCGCAACAUGUCCAGCUCUGUCUGAGUUCAUUUCAAUGCAUUAACCCUUUCUGACCUGCAUGACGACCCUCAUUCUAGACUGGGUCAUCACAAGAGAAGACGUGCGGACAGUUUGUGGACCCCCAGAUUCAUUCCUGGACAAAGAUGAGUGCCAUUGUCUUCAACAAACUGGAGGAGCACCUGCGCUUUGAGGAGAGCGGGAAAGAUGUAGAGAGGAACAGCCUGAACUAUUUAGAAGUGAUAGAUGGACAACAUCCAGAACUACUGUCCAGGCACAAGGGGGUGGACAGCCAAGGGGCUCUCAAACCCAGGAGGAGUGGUGGAGGGAAGGUCCGGCACAAGCGUCAGGCCCUGCAGGAUAUGGCCAGGCCGCUGAAGCAGUGGCUUUAUAAACACAGGGACAACCCCUACCCCACCAAAACCGAGAAGAUCCUACUGGCCCUUGGCUCCCACAUGACCCUGGUUCAGGUAUCAAACUGGUUUGCUAACGCUCGGCGCAGGCUGAAGAACACAGUACGGCAGCCUGACCUGAGCUGGGCUCUACGCAUCAAACUCUACAACAAGUACGUCCAGGGCAACGCAGAGAGACUGAGCAUCAGCAGCGACGACUCGGCCUCAGAGGACGGUGAGAACGCUCUUCAGAUGCAGGCGGGUGAAUCUGAGUCCAGCAGACCCAAGAGUGUGAUCCAGGACAGUCAAGGCUUAGGGGCAGGCCUGAGGACAGACCCAUCGCUCUGUGGUGAUUAUGUUUCCCCGCCAAAGUACAAGAGCAGCUUGCUGAACCGUUAUCUCAAUGACUCCCUGCGCCACGUCAUGGCCUCCAACAAAGGCCUUGACUCCCGUAAGAGGCACCACUCAGGAUCCUUUAGCUCCAACGAGUACGAUGAUGAGCUCCUGUCACCAUCGUCCUCAGAGACGGAGGCCAACUUCACCUACCGCACAGAAUCCUUGGACUGUGGCUCACAUCCCUGUGAUAGGAGUGGCGGUGUUCGUAAAGGAGGAGUUCAUGGGAAAGACGCCACCUACUGGAAGGAGAUCCAUGCUGCCAUGGCUUUGUCUAACCUGGCCCAGGGCGAAGAGAAUGUGGGCACUACAGGGACGACCAGCUGCAUCAUCCAAAAAUCGUCCCAUAUAGCAGAAAUAAAGACUGUAAAAGUGCCAAUCGCACCCCAUCAUUAGCAGCUCAGUGCUUGUGCCAUAAUUACUAAGACAGAAGUCUGAGUGACAGAAAGUUGCCAAGAGACUCCUUAAAGACUCGUCUCACACAAAAGAUCCACUGCAGGACUUUUUGAGGAGGCUUGGCAUGCAUUGUUUGACCAAUGUGCCUUUGUAUCUCAUUCUGACCAUAAUAUAAGUACCCAGCAAGGACAGGAAAGGGUCUCUGGUGGAUCGAGCUCAGUUUUGUUCGGACUGUUAAUGCCACUGAACUCCAAUGUCGGUUCAACUCAUGAAGACCACUUGUUUCUGUUUUAAUUGGUUUUUUUUUUGACUCUGACAUCUGCCGUCAUCAUUUGUUACCAGAGACCAUCUUCUUCAUGGUCGAAAUGUAAUAUAUUCAUAUAUGUCUACCAUUUUCUAAGUUAAGGUUAAUGUUUAUUGAGGCAGGAUUUUUGUCCCACGACUUCAAUGCGAUACAAAAAAUUACAGUUGUUUUUCUUUAUUUUUGUUUGUUUUUUUUAUA